AUGCCAGAGUUAAGAAGUGGAGCACGUAGAUUGAGACAACCUAACCCUCAGGUGAUUGAUCAGGCUGAAAAUAUUGAACUUCCUCCUCCGGCUGCAACAAGAAGAAGAGGUGGUGGUGGUAGAGGAAGAGGAACCGCUGCAGCAUUAGCCAAAGCCGCUGCACCUCCGAGACCAACUGGUGCUGCCGGUAGGGGUCGAGGGAUCAGGUUAAUAGAUUUAGAGGCAGAGCCUUGUGAGGUUCGUCCAGCAGUAGGUGAACCUGUUUUAAAUCAAGUUGAAGGGGUAGCUGAUAAGGAUAUAGCUAUGGAAGGUGGUAGCGGAGAGAAGAUAGUUGGUGCGGAAGAAGAUUCCAGCACAGCUCCAGUCCCUGAAAGGGUGCAAGUUGGAAAUUCUCCUGUUUAUAAGACUGAGAGGAAACUCGGUAAAGGAGGAUUUGGUCAAGUGUUUGUUGGUAGAAGGGUGAAUGGUGGCAGCGAUAGAAUUGGGGCAGACGCAAUUGAGGUGGCUCUGAAAUUUGAGCACCGAAAUAGCAAAGGGUGUAACUUUGGUCCACCUUACGAGUGGCAAGUGUACAAUACGCUCAAUGGUUGCUAUGGAGUUCCUGCGGUACAUCAUAAGGGUCGUCAAGGAGAUUUUUACAUUCUUGUCAUGGACAUGCUUGGUCCGAGCCUCUGGGAUGUUUGGAAUACUUCAGGGCAAUCGAUGUCUCCAAACAUGGUUGCAUGCAUUGCAGUUGAGUCCAUAUCUAUUCUUGAGAAACUUCAUAUGAAAGGGUUUGUCCAUGGAGAUGUGAAGCCUGAAAACUUUCUACUUGGUCAACCUGGAACAGCAGAUGAGAAAAAACUCUACCUUAUCGAUCUUGGUCUGGCAUCAAAAUGGAAAGAUUCGCACUCAGGCCAGCAUGUUGAAUAUGAUCAAAGACCUGAUGUGUUCAGAGGAACAAUAAGGUAUGCAAGUGUUCAUGCUCAUCUAGGUCGUACUGGAAGUCGGAGAGAUGAUCUAGAGUCGUUGGCUUAUACAUUGAUCUUUCUCUUGAAGGGAAGAUUGCCAUGGCAAGGUUAUCAGGGUGACAACAAGAGCUUUCUUGUUUGCAAGAAAAAGAUGUCAACUUCUCCUGAAUUGAUGUGCUGUUUUUGUCCACCUCCGUUUAAGCUAUUCCUCGAGGCAGUUGCUAAUAUGAAGUUUGACGAGGAGCCCAACUAUGCAAAGCUUAUUUCGAUUUUCGACAGUCUUAUUGAGCCAUGCGCUCUAUCUAGACCAAUUAGAAUCGAUGGUGCUCUUAAGGUUGGGCAAAAACGAGGAAGAUUGCCUCUUAGUGCGGAAGAGGAUGAACAACCAAAGAAGAAAAUCAGAAUAGGCAGUCCUGCUGCUCAGUGGAUAUCAGUCUAUAAUGCUCGCCGUCCCAUGAAACAGAGAUAUCACUACAACGUUGCAGACACAAGGCUGCACCAGCAUGUACAGAAGGGCAACGAAGAUGGCCUUCUAAUUAGCUGCGUGGCAUCAGCAGCUAAUCUCUGGGCCCUCAUAAUGGAUGCUGGCACUGGAUUCACCUCUCAAGUUUAUGAACUGUCAACGGUCUUUCUGCACAAGGACUGGAUUAUGGAACAAUGGGAAAAGAACUACUAUAUCAGUUCCAUAGCUGGUUCAGAUAACGGGAGCUCAUUAGUUGUUAUGUCAAAAGGAACUUCUUACACUCAACAAUCUUACAAAGUCAGCGACUCAUUUCCAUAUAAGUGGAUAAAUAAGAAAUGGAAAGAAGAUUUCCACGUAACCUCCAUGACAACUGCUGGUAAUCGUUGGGGUGUUGUAAUGUCAAGGAACUCUGCCUUCACUGAUCAGGUCGUGGAGCUCGACUUUCUGUAUCCAAGCGAUGGAAUACAUAGGAGGUGGGAGAAUGGGUAUAGAAUAACAUCAAUGGCAGCAACUGCGGAUCAAGCAGCUUUCAUAUUAAGCAUACCGAAACGUAAAAUAAUGGAUGAAACUCAAGAGACUCUCCGCACCACCGCCUUUCCAAGCACUCAUGUCAAGGACAAAUGGGCGAAGAAUCUGUACAUUGCAUCAAUAUGCUAUGGCAGGACAGUGUGCUGA